AAUAAUUGGGCGUGCCUAAAGUUAUCAGUACAAUGACGUUCAAACAAAAUAAUUGGUAUGGGCUAACUUAGAACCUAUUUGGACAGUCACUUUGGCUUAGAAGCGUUGAAGAGUGAAGAUGCUUUCGAGAAUGGGAGUAUUUUACUACUAUGGAGCUAUCGUUUACGUACUUCUCACAGCUGAGACGUGCAUCAGCUUCGCUGCGGACCCUGAGUUGGCAUCUGAACCCCUUGAAAAAGAAAAUGCAUCACUUCCCAUGUCCGGGCUAAGUUCGUUUCCUGGUUGGUGGGACGGACCAGAAGAGAACAGUACUUUGGAAGAAACAACCGAGACCGGAAAUCUAACCUCUGACCAAUCAAUGACUCCUGAAAUGCUAACGGAGACUCUAGUUCCGGAAAAUGGAACGUUUGUUUUUACAAACGAUUUUCUAGUUGAAGGAAUCGAAGAGGAAAUGAUGCAAACUGCAAACGGUACCGAAGUUUUGAUGGAAGAUUUCCUUGUGGUUCCACUUGAAAAUGUAACAGCAGCAAAUAUGGGAGAAACGACGGUCCUUCCAGAAGAUGCGAUCGAGGAAGCACAGAAAAAGCCAGCUGAGAUGUCAGAAACUACAGAAGUGGUAAAAGAGCCGCAAGAACUUUUACCUACUCUGUAAUCUACAGAAUAGGAUUGGAGAAAGUGCAUUUCCUUAUGUCACCUAUGUUUUACCCCAAGUACGAGAGUUAGCAUUGUAAUUGUAUGCAAGCUUCAGUAUUUUUCAAAACUCUCCACUGUAGAAGACAACGUUUAAAGCUUUUAAUUGAAUACUGAUAAAUUAUUGCCAUUACUUAUU